GGCGGAACAGAAAAUCCCAAAAGACAAAAACAAAUCGAUGUUUUGAAAAUGCGGCGUUGCGAUACAACAGUUUCGACAGUAAUUGAGAAUAGAGUGUGCUGUUUUUGAGAUGCCCCCAGGAAUACAGAACUCUAGAUAUAACAAACAGCUAUCGUCAAUAAGCAAUCAUCGUCAGGCUUCCAGUUAGUGACUUGGGUUUGGAGACUUUAGAAAUCUAGCAAAAUGGUCAAGUUGCGUAGACGUGGGAUGAAAGUCCCCAUGAUGAUGGCCUGUGUGACACAAUCCCUGCCAAUCAUUCUGCUGUCAUGGCAACUCAGCACUGCUCAACUGUGCUCGAACUUCAUCUUAGACCAUCAUGCAUUGCGAAAUCACGUGAUACAGACCCUCUCUGUAUCCAGUGAGGAUGAGUGUUUUACGGAGUGCGAGGACAGCAGCCAAUGCGUGACAAUUAAUUUGGUGAACCUUCGCUGCGACCUGAACCACGCCUCCCAUCUGUCUCACCCGAAGGACUUUCUACCAGAUGCUAACGCACGUUAUGCUGUGGUUAAACCGCUGACCAUCUGCAGUAACACGUUCUGCAGCGAGAACUACGCAUGCGUGAUGAAUGUUGACGGCAGGUCUUACCGAUGUGAGGAAAUCCCACUCAACAUCUACGUGAAAGCGGCAGCCUUUGGUGACCCCGGCGGAGCUGAGCAAUCAAUGAUCUCUAUCAAUAAUCGAAAAUUCGCUCUCAAGGGAACGAAAACUCGUGGUCACAAUUUCGUGGUGGUUCGGUGUGAUGGUAGCCUGGUGUCCAAUCAGACGUUCGACACCCACUUCGACUCACAAGCGAGCACUAACCUGGUGAACUACCUGCAGGGCUUGCCUAAUGACACCAUCGUCACUAUCGCAGUAAAGGACGAAGGAUCGACCCAACUUAGUGAUGACGCCGUUAACGCGCUUCAGACGAUCAUCCACAUUCAAGCACCAUCUAUGGUGUAUCAAGAGAGCAUGGCUUUUAUUGGCUACAAGGGAGCAACCAUACCAUCGUGGAAAAUAGGCACAAAGAAAUCAAGUGGCGAAGGUCCAUCUGUAGUUACAGCACGCAUCUGUAAAUGCAAAACCUGUGAUGCCUGACUCGACAUAAGCAUUUACCAUAAGCGAAGCCAGAUUCCAGGGGGGGGGGCAUAAGCUCCUUUUGUAGAAACAGCACGCAUUUGUGUAUAUGCCUGUAAAGCUAAGAUGCCUGGUUUCGGCAUGCGACUCGCGACGCAACAAGAAACGCUGUAUGCAAGUCGCAGAAAAACUCGCCUCUGGUUUCAUUUUUUUUUUCUAGUUUUCAUAUUUUUAUUGAGUACACAAUAAUGUGUAGCGCACGUUCCCAAAUCUUGGCAACCACAGGAAGGAUGGAAAUAGGUCUGUAGUUAGCGGCAUCAGAGCCAGGACCAGACUUGUGUAUAGGCGACACCACAGCAUGCUUCCACUCAGAUGGUAUACUACCUUCAGCCAGGGACCGGUUGAAGAGAGCGGUCAGAGGCUUAGCAAUAUGAGUAGCCCCGUCCUUUAAAAGGCAGGCAGGAAUGUUUUUCAGUCCAGUAGAUUUU